UCCAAAGAGGCAGGACAAGACCGUAGUUUACUCUGCAUCGAGCGGCUGAGAGCUUGCAAUGAAACUGCGGUAAACAAACUCACCGUGUUGCAUGGAUUGGGAUUUAGAGGUGCGUGGAAAUGAGCAGUGUGUGCUGGACAGAGACGUGCAUAGAGUCUUUAUAUCUCAUCUGACACGAUACACACGCUUCACCAGUUGCUAAUGAGGAGAAUUAAUACACGCGCACAAUAAUCGAUGGGAACGUUGGGGGUAGCGUUAUCUGCAUUGUAAUUGUCUCCAAAGCUGUGAAGAUCUGCAGUGCUUCAGAGUUGCAUACGUCUCAAAUUUACGGUGCAGAGCCCGUAAUAAAUAAGCUGGCAGGAUGGUGGCGCUGUCACUGAAGAUCUGUGUGAGACAGUGUAAUGUGGUGAAGACGAUGCAGUUUGAGCCAUCAACGGCUGUGUACGAUGCAUGCCGGGUCAUCAGAGAGAGGGUUCCAGAAGCCCAGACAGGACAAGCUUCAGAAUAUGGGCUGUUUCUAUCAGAUGAAGACCCCAGGAAAGGCAUCUGGCUGGAAGGAGGCCGGACUCUGGACUAUUACAUGCUGAGAAAUGGGGACAUACUGGAGUAUAAGAAAAAACAGAGACCUCAGAAGAUAAAAAUGCUGGAUGGAGCAGUGAAGACCAUCAUGGUGGAUGAUUCCAAAACUGUGGGAGAGCUGCUUGUCACCAUCUGCAGUAGAAUAGGAAUCACAAACUAUGAAGAGUACUCUCUCAUUCAGGAGGUGGUGGAGGAGAAGAAAGAUGAAGGGACUGGCACACUGAAGAAAGACAGAACUCUACUGAGGGAGGAGAGGAAGAUGGAGAAGCUCAAAGCCAAACUGCACACAGAUGAUGAAUUAAAUUGGUUGGAUCAUGGACGUACAUUUAGAGAACAGGGAGUCGAGGAAAGCGAAACUCUGCUGUUGAGACGAAAGUUUUUCUACUCCGAUCAAAACGUGGACUCACGAGAUCCUGUGCAGCUCAAUCUGCUCUACGUACAGGCACGUGACGACAUUCUGAAUGGUUCUCAUCCCGUGUCGUUUGACAAGGCUUGUGAAUUUGGUGGAAUUCAAGCACAGAUCCAGUUCGGGCCUCAUAUAGAACAUAAACACAAGUCUGGAUUUCUGGACUUGAAGGAAUUUCUGCCUAAGGAAUACAUCAAACAGAGAGGUGCAGAGAAGAAGAUCUUUCAGGAACAUAAGGCUUGUGGUGAAAUGACAGAGAUUGAAGCCAAAGUGAAGUAUGUGAAGCUUGCGAGAUCCCUCAGAACAUAUGGAGUGUCUUUCUUCUUGGUGAAGGAAAAAAUGAAAAGUAAAAAUAAGCUGGUCCCUAGGCUGCUGGGUAUAACCAAAGAAUCAGUGAUGAGAGUGGAUGAGAAAACCAAAGAUGUGGUUCAGGAGUGGCCACUUACUACAGUGAAAAGAUGGGCCGCCUCACCUAAGAGCUUUACACUGGAUUUCGGGGAGUAUCAGGAGAGCUACUACUCUGUCCAGACCACUGAGGGGGAGCAGAUAUCUCAGCUUAUAGCUGGUUACAUCGAUAUCAUUCUCAAGAAGAAACAAAGCAAGGACCGCUUUGGUUUAGAGGGAGAUGAGGAGGCCACCAUGUUAGAGGAAUCAGUUUCUCCGAAAAAAUCUACUAUAUUACAGCAGCAGUUUAACAGUGUAGGGCGGGUAGAGCAUGGAUCUGUGGCACUGCCUGGGAUCUUGAGGUCCGGUUCUGUUGGCCCAGAAACUCUGAACAUGGGUACCAUGCCCUCUCCACAACAACAUAUCACCACUGGACAGAUGCAUCUUGGACAUAUGCCACCACUGAGUGCGGCCCAGCAGGCUCUCGUGGGAACCAUUAACACCAGUAUGCAAGCGGUGCAGCAGGCACAGUCAGACCUAGAGGAGGUGGAAGAGCUGCCACCACUGGGAGAUGACAUGGCUUCUAAAAUGUGGAUUCAGAACAAGAUGGAUGAGUCCAAGCAUGAUAUUCACUCUCAGGUGGAUGCCAUUACUGCUGGAACUGCCUCUGUGGUUAAUCUUACUGCUGGGGACCCGACAGACACAGAUUAUACAGCAGUAGGAUGUGCCAUAACCACCAUCUCCUCUAAUCUGACGGAGAUGUCAAAAGGUGUGAAGCUGCUGGCGGCUCUGAUGGAGGAUGAGGUGGGCAGUGGGCAGGACCUCAUGAGGGCUGCCAAGACCCUCACUGGAGCUGUAUCUGACCUGCUUAAAGCUGUGGAGCCUACAUCAGGAGAGCCACGACAGACGGUUCUGACUGCAGCCGGCAGCAUCGGUCAAGCCAGUGGAGAUUUGCUUAGACAGAUUGGAGAGAAUGAAACGGACGAGCGCUUCCAGGAUGUGCUAAUGAACCUAGCUAAAGCUGUGGCUAAUGCAGCAGCCAUGAUGGUUCUGAAGGCCAAGAACGUGGCACAGGUUUCUGAAGACAGCGUCCUGCAGAACAGGGUUAUUGCAGCUGCGACCCAGUGUGCCCUCUCCACUUCCCAACUAGUGGCCUGUGCCAAGGUUGUGAGCCCUACUAUCAGCUCCCCUGUGUGUCAAGAACAGCUGAUAGAAGCAGGGAAGCUGGUGGAUCGUUCAGUGGAAGGUUGUGUGAAGGCCUGUUUGUCAGCUACCAGUGAUGGAGAGCUUCUGAAGGCCGUCAGUGCAGCGGCUGGUAUCGUCACACAGGCUCUCAGUGACCUACUCACACACGUGAGGAACUACUCCACACGCGGGGAACCCAUUGGACGCUACGACCAGGCCACGGACACCAUCAUGACAGUUACAGAGAGUAUUUUCUGCAACAUGGGUGAUGCUGGUGAGAUGGUACGACAGGCGCGGGUUCUUGCCCAGGCGACCUCUGACCUGGUGAAUGCCAUGAGAUCAGAUGCUGAGGUGGAAGUGGAUGUCAACAACUCUAAGAAGCUUCUUGCAGCUGCCAAACUGCUUGCAGAUGCCACUGCUCGAAUGGUUGAGGCUGCAAAGGGAGCUGCUGCAUACCCUGAAAAUGAAGACCAGCAGCAGAAGCUCCGGGAGGCUGCGGAGGGCUUGCGUGUGGCCACUAACGCUGCUGCACAAAACGCCAUUAAGAAGAAACUUAUAACAAGACUGGAGAACGCUGCUAAACAAGCUGCUGCUGCUGCAACUCAAACCAUUGCGGCAUCCCAGAAUGCAGCAACCUCUAACAAGAACACUGCUGCCCACCAGCAACUUGUUCAAAGCUGCAGGGCUGUAGCUGACCAUAUUCCUCAGCUGGUGCAGGGAGUGAGGGGCAGUCAGGGGCAGCCAGAGGAUAGUAGUGCCCAACUUGCCCUCAUCAUUGCCAGUCAGAACUUCCUUCAGCCUGGAAGUAAGAUGGUGUCUUCAGCGAAGUCGUCUGUGCCGACUGUGACGGAUCAGGCAGCAGCCAUGCAGCUUGGACAGUGUGCAAAGAACCUGGCCACCUGCCUGGCUGAACUCCGCACUGCUGCACAGACGGCUCAUGAGGCGUGCGGCCCCAUGGAGAUCGACUCUGCCCUUAUAGCUGUGCAGACGCUGAAGAAUGAACUCCAGGAUGCUAAAAUGGCAGCAUCCGAGGGACAGCUGAAACCUUUACCUGGGGAAUCAUUGGGAAAAUGCACUCAGGAACUGGGUGGCACAUCUAAGGCUGUUGGUUCCUCAAUGGCCCAACUGCUUACCUGUGCAGCACAGGGAAAUGAGCAUUACACAGGUGUAGCUGCCAGUGAAACUGCCCAGGCUCUUAAGACAUUAGCACAGGCUGCAAGGGGUGUUGCUGCCACCACAUCAGACCCUGCUGGAGCCGCAGCCAUGUUGGAUUCUGCUUGCGAGGUUAUGGAAGGAUCAGCUAAAUUAAUUUCUGAAGCCAAGGAGACGCUGGUUGCUCCUGGUGAUGCAGAGAUACAACAGAGGCUAGCGCAGGUAGCGAAGGCUGUGUCCCACUCACUGAAUGCAUGUGUGAACUGUCUGCCUGGACAAAAGGAUGUUGAUAUGGCUCUGAAAAGCAUCGGCGAAGCCAGCAAAAAACUACUUGUAGAGAUGCUUCCUCCCUGCAGUAAGACCUUCCAGGAGGCUCAGAGUGACCUGAACCAGACUGCAGCCGAUCUGAACCAGUCUGCAGGUGAUGUGGUCCAUGCCUCUAGAGGGACCACUUGCCAGCUUUCAGAUGCUUCUGGGAAGUUCAGUGAGGACUUUGAUGAGUUUCUGGAUGCUGGCAUUGAGAUGGCUGGCCACACCCAGAGUAAGGAUGAUCAAAUACAUGUGAUUGGGAAUUUGAAGAACAUCUCAAUGGCCUCCAGUAAGCUGCUGUUGGCUGCUAAGUCUUUAUCUGUGGACCCUGCAGCAGGCAAUGCAAAGAACCUGCUCGCUGCUGCUGCCAGAACGGUGACUGAAAGCAUCAAUCAGCUGAUUACGCUGUGUACCCAGAAUGCCCCAGGACAAAGGGAAUGUGACAAUGCUCUAAGAGAGCUUGAGGCUGUUAGGGGCCUGCUGGAUAACCCAAAUGAGCCAGCAAAUGAUCUCUCCUACUUCGACUGCAUUGAAAGUGUCAUGGAGAACUCUAAGAUACUCGGUGAGUCUAUGGCUGGGAUCUCUCAUAACUGCAAGACAGGAGAUGUUCCAGCGUUUGGAGACUGUGUGGGUGGAGCCUCUAAAGCUCUGUGUGGACUGACCGAAGCAGCUGGACAGGCUUCUUACCUAGUGGGUGUGUCUGACCCCAACAGCCAAGCCGGACAUCCAGGCUUAGUGGAUCCUAUCCAGUUCGCUCGUGCUAAUCAGGCAAUCCAGAUGGCUUGCCAAAAUCUUGUUGACCCAGAUAGUAGUCCUUCACAGGUGCUCUCAGCUGCCACCAUUGUUGCUAAGCACACCUCGGCGCUGUGUAAUGCUUGCCGACUGGCCUCUUCUAAGACUGCCAACCCUGUGGCUAAAAGACACUUUGUGCAGUCAGCCAAAGAAGUGGCCAACAGCACAGCCAGCCUGGUCAAAACAAUCAAGGCACUGGACGGAGAUUUCUCAGAGGAAAACCGCGAGAAAUGUCGUGUUGCAACAGCACCGCUCAUUGAAGCUGUUGACAAUCUAACCACGUUUGCUUCCAAUCCAGAGUUUGCUAGUGUUCCUGCGCAGAUAAGUAGAGAGGGUUUGGCUGCACAGGAGCCAAUCAUCCAGUCAGCAUGCUCCAUGCUUGACAGUUCCACCCACCUUUUGAAGACUGCUAGGUCAUUGGUUAUGAACCCUAAAGAUCCGCCAACCUGGUCAUUACUGGCGAGCCAUUCACGCAACGUGUCGGACUCCAUCAAGAGCCUCAUCAUGGCUAUCAGGGAUAAAGCCCCUGGCCAGAAGGAAUGUGACUCCGCCAUUGAUAAUAUCAAUAAAUGCAUCCGAGAUAUUGAGCAGGCCUCACUUGCAGCUGUCAGCCAAAAUCUUUUUCAUAGAGACGAAGUUUCUUCUGAGGCUUUGCAGGAGCAGUUAACAUCAUCUGUUCAGGAGGUGGGUCACCUGAUUGAGCCGAUUUCCACAGCAGCAAAAGGAGAAGCAGCCCAGCUGGGACAUAAGGUCUCUCAAUUGGUCAGUUACUUCACUCCUCUGGUCUCAGCUUCUAUGGGCAUGGCAUCCAAAAUCUUGGAUCAUCAGCAGCAGAUGAAUCUUCUGGAUCAGACCAAGACUCUCGCUGAGUCUGCUCUACAAAUGCUGUAUGCUGCCAAAGAAGGUGGUGGAAACCCGAAGGCGGCUCAUACCCAUGAUGCCAUAGCAGAAGCUGCACAGUUAAUGAGGGAAGCUGUUGAUGAUCUCUUGCUGACCCUGAAUGAAGCUGCUAGUGAGGUUGGCAUUGUCAGCGGCAUGGUGGAUUCGAUUGCUGAUGCCAUGGGCAAGUUAGGUGAAGGUACUCCACCAGAACCAGAAGGAUCAUUUGUGGAAUAUCAGACCACCAUGGUGAGAUACUCCAAAGCUAUUGCUGUCAGUGCACAGGAGAUGAUCACUAAAUCAGUGAGUGCGCCAGAGGAUCUGGGCAGUUUGGCAUCUCAGAUCACUGCAGACUACAGUCAGCUUGCCGUUCAGGGACGUCUGGCUGCCUAUAUUGCUGAACCAGAGGAGAUCGGCUUCCAGAUAAAGACACGAGUGCAGGAACUGGGGCAUGGCUGUAUUGUGCUCGUUCAGAAGGCUGGAGCACUGCAGAUCAGUCCAUCUGACUCGUUCACCAAGAGAGAACUUAUUGAGUGUGCACGAACUGUCACUGAGAAGGUGUCCAUGGUGCUUUCGGCAUUGCAAGCUGGUAAUAAGGGCACUCAAGCCUGUAUCACUGCAGCCAGUGCUGUUUCAGGCAUCAUCGCUGACCUGGACACCACCAUUAUGUUUGCUUCUGCUGGCACACUCAAUGCUGAGAACGAUUCAGACUCCUUCGCUGAUCACAGAGAGAAUAUUCUGAAGACAGCCAAAGCAUUGGUGGAGGACACUAAGAACCUUGUUUCAGGUGCAGCAUCAAGUCAAGAGAAACUGGCCCAGGCCGCCCAGUCUUCUGCCAAAACCAUCAUCCACCUUACAGAUGUGGUGAAAUUGGGAGCGGCCAGCAUAGGCGCGGAUGACCCAGAAACACAGGUGGUGCUGAUCAACGCAGUGAAGGAUGUUGCUAAAGCUUUAGCUGAUCUCAUUAGUGCCACCAAGUGUGCAGCGGGAAAAGCAGCAGAUGACCCCUCCAUAUUCCAGCUUAAGAAUGCGGCCAAGGUUAUGGUAACUUAA